AUAUAUGUGCAAAUGUAGUAAUAAUUAACUGGUGAUGAUUAUUCAUUGACGUGAUUCACGUGUUUAUAUCAUCAGUGUUUAAUUACAAAGAUAAGAUAUCAUUUAAUUUACAAGUCAAUGUUUUUUUGAAGGUAGAAUAUUAAUGAAGUGAAAGGUUUCAUGAAGUAAAUCUUGUGAAAUUCUCCGGUAGAGGCAGAAAAGAAAGUCGGCCCGGCCCAGCCCGUUCAUCUUUUGAUGACAAGUGAAGUGGGCUUGGAGAAUAUAGGCCGAUCGAGAGUUGCCGUCUCACUUGUCGACGGGCCGGCAUCUGCUCUAUAUCUGCCUAUCUCCGACGGUUUCCCUCCCCACAAAGCCUUACCGCUGUCACCCGCCGGCAAUCUGAAAAACCGUUCCACCACAUUUCCCGCCAAUUUCUCUGGUCUCGGCAAAUCCUUUCAAUCAAUGUCGUGCCACGACAAUAUAUGCUUCAUCCGCCCGAUCUCGCUGCUCUACUCUCAAUGCUGCUUUCCGUUUAUCGGCGGAGGAAUGAGAAUGGUGGUUCGGAUAUCUUUUCCUUUCUCCCCUGCGUUCGAGAUUUCUCCUUAGUUCAUCGUGUUCGAUCGUGUACCGAAUUACAGGUGGAUUGAACAUAAGAUAUUUCAAUAAAAAAUUAAAAACUAUAGUAUAGUAUCUUUCAUAUUCUCAACUAUAACUAGGUAUACUUACUUUUAGAGAGUAGAUCAAUUAUGGACGUUUCUCUAUAACUCAAAAGUUUUCUUUGUUCUGGUGAAUUCGAAUACCAAAUUUUUAGUAUUCUACUCUACAUAGUCACCAAUAACCUAGCUCUAUUCAAUGUACGACUCAAAUUUCAACGAGAAUUGGUCAAGGGAUGACUGGUGCACUAGACAUGCUAAGUAUUCUCCUUGUGCCUUUCAAUGUUGUCAUGAAUGAUAGUGCAGCUAAGUCCAGGAUGUUUUAACGACGAUUUAUCAACCGGUUAAUCGAUUUUAAAACAUGCCUGACACGCACUCGCUUUUGGCGGUUGGUCCAGUAACCAGCUAGCUAGUAACUCUUGACCGGUUAGUCAAUAACCCAAUUAACCGGAUAGCACUCGAUAACGAUAUUUGACAGCUCAUUUAUAUGUCUCGAUUAACUGUAAACCGCUUACCGACCGAUUUUCAGUACCCAUGCUUCAUGAUCAGGUAUAACCCGAUUAUAUAUAUAUGGUUGCUGAGUUCCUUUCAUGUUUAAUUUAUUCAAUGAAGCAACUCAACCCCCAAUUUUCUUUCUAUUUCCUAUUAAGUUCCGUCUCUGUAAUUAAGUCAACAUACUACAUUUCUGAAAUAUUCAAAGGUUAUGCUAUUUCUGAAAUAUAACAAGCUAUUCAUAUCUCUUUGAUAAAACUUUUCUGUAAUAUAUAUACUCAUUUUUACUUUUUAUUGUAUAAUUUUAUCUUAUAAUAAAUUAAUAAUUAUGUUCAAUCAGUUCAUCCAAAUAAUAAAAGCAAUUAGUUGGAAAAGACCCAAAUACGAUCUAUUGGUAGGAAAAACAAUCUGAUGGUCCGUCUGGUAGUUAGGAAGACUCUUUCAUUGUUUCCUACUAACUUGUUGGGGUUUGAUUUUCUCUUUAUAGGUGAUAGUUGAGAUGUGAACGUUUGUAUUUUUUUUAUAAUGCAAGUGAGUUAAUUGGAGGAAAAGAAAACUCAAAUAUGAUCUAAUAUCACUCUUCCUGUCAAACGAAAGCCAAUCACUCCAGAAUUUGGCAGUUUUCAUAAUCAAUUAUACUUUACACUUAUUAAGAAUCACAGAUUUCAACACGAGACAACUCGAGCAAAAUUUGUAGUAUAAGCAAAAGGAGCUUCUGAUUGGAGUUUUUAGAGAAAUAUUUUACAAAAAAGUACAGAAGUGUUUGGCUAAAAAACUAUUAGAAGUGGUUUUUUUAUAUAAGAGAUUAUGUAAAAUGACUAUAAAAGAUUUAUAAAAUAAAAUAUGAAGAAAAUUUCUAAGCAAUAAAAUGUAGUCACAAUGGAUCUAGUUAGAUUUAUUUUAUAUUAAAUAAUAUAAUUUUAUAUUUUAUUUUAUUUUUAAAAGGAUAUAAAUGAUGAAAAAUAUAUUUUCUGAAAUAAAAUUUACAUAUAGUAAGAAUAAUCUUGUAUUUUCAAAAGAGUUUUUCGCAGAAGUUACAAAUCGGAGCUUUUGCUUUUAUGUUAUACAAAAAUACUUUUCAACUUUUUAAAAGUCGAGUAUUUAGAGAUGUUUGGCUCUGAUUUAGCUUUUAAAGUUGAAAAACACUUCUAAAAUUUGAAUCAAACACAGAUAUAAAACCCUAGUUAUUUUGAGAUAUUCGGACUGAUCAAUCGAUUUUAUAUUGUCAAAGAGCUAGGUAUACUUAUAGUGUUAGAGAGUAGAAGAGGACCAUUUCUCCAUAACUCAAAAAAUUUCUUUGAUUUGGUGAAUUUGAAUACCAAAUUUUUAAUAUUCUACUCUAUCUAGUCACCAAUAAACCUACCUAUAUUCA